AUGGCGGCAGCGGCCCCGGCCUUGGUGCUGAAGCACCGGCGCACCACCUUGGAACGGGUGGAGAAGUUCCUGUCAUCCUGCUACUUCACCGACUGCAACCUAUGGGGCAGGCUCUAUGGAGAUAGCUAUCCAGUGACUUCAUUGUCUUGCUUCUUGACUCCAGAACAUAUGCCAUAUGAAAAGGCUAUUCGGCAGCACUUCCACCCAGUCAAAGUUGGUGAUACCUUUGGACCCACAUGGUGGACCUGCUGGUUCCGAGUAGAACUGACUAUCCCUAAAUCUUGGAUAGGUCAUGAAGUUCACUUUCGCUGGGAGAGUGAUGGAGAAGGCUUAUUGUGGAAGAAUGGGGAACCAGUCCAGGGUUUAACCAAAUCGGGCAAGAAGACCAGCUACAUCCUGACUGAGAAGCUGAAGGAAGGAGAUCCCUGGAGCCUGACACUGUAUGUUGAAGCUGCCUGCAGUGGCCUCUUUGGGGCUGGAAAAGGCAGCAUGAUUGAACCACCUGACAGUGAGAAGACAUUCAGUGUGACCCGGGCUGACCUGGCAGUGUUCCACCGGGACGUUUACGAACUAAUAAUAGACAUGGAGAUCCUCCUGGGCAUGGCCAAGUGCCUUGGGGAGGGCAGCCAGCGGAGCUUCCAGGCUCUCUACACAGUCAACCAGAUGGUGAACGUGUGUGACCCAAAUGAUCCUGGUACCUUUUCGACAGCCCGUUCCCUGGCAUCGGGCAUCCUUCACCAGCGCAAUGGAGACAGCCAGCACUUGAUCCAUGCCAUAGGGCACUGCCAUAUUGAUUCAGCUUGGCUCUGGCCUUACAAGGAGACAAUUCGGAAAUGUGCUCGUAGCUGGUCAUCAGUCGUCCAACUCAUGGAGAAAAACCCACAGUUCACAUUUGCCUGCUCUCAGGCACAACAGUACGCGUGGGUGAAGAGGUUCUACCCAGGUUUAUAUUCCCAGAUCAAGGAGUACGUCCACAUGGGACAGUUUAUUCCAGUGGGUGGCACUUGGGUUGAAAUGGAUGGGAACCUUCCCAGUGGAGAAUCCAUGGUGAGACAGUUCCUUCAAGGACAGAAUUUCUUCCUUCAGGAAUUUGGGAAAAUGUGUUCUGAGUUCUGGCUUCCAGACACAUUUGGAUAUUCAGCCCAACUCCCCCAGAUCAUGCGUGGCUGUGGCAUCCAACGCUUUCUGACACAGAAGCUGAGUUGGAACUUGGUGAACUCCUUCCCUCAUCAUACCUUUUUCUGGAAAGGAAUUGAUGGCUCCCGGGUGUUGGCCCACUUUCCUCCUGGAGAUUCUUAUGGGAUGGAAGGCCAUGUAGAAGAGGUGCUGAAAACCAUGAACAACAACAAAGACAAGGGGAGGGUGAACCACAGUGCCUUCCUCUAUGGGUUCGGGGAUGGGGGUGGUGGCCCCACCCAGACCAUGCUAGACCGGCUGGAACGAAUGAAGGAUACAGAUGGACUGCCCAGGGUAUAUUUCUCUUCCCCAGAACAGUUUUUCUCAUUACUGGAGAGGAACUCAGGGCAGUUUUGCACCUGGUAUGGGGAAUUGUUCCUGGAACUGCACAAUGGCACCUAUACCACCCAAGCCCAAAUCAAGAAGGAGAACCGGGAAUGUGAACAGAUCCUGCAUGAUGUAGAAUUCUUGAGCUGCCUGGCCUUGGCCCGCAGUCGAACUUUCCAGUAUCCUGCUGCUGAGUUACAGCGCCUCUGGAGGCUUUUGCUCCUAAACCAGUUCCAUGAUGUGCUUCCCGGAAGCUGUAUCCAGCAGGUGGUGGAUGAUGCUCUGAAAUACUAUAGAGAGAUUCGAAGAAAUUGCUCCCACCUUCUGAAUGCGGCAAUUAGGUCCCUGGGUGGAAGAAGGUCAUCAGCUCGAGAUCUGAGACUUUCACACAACUUAUUCGUCUUUAACACACUGUCCUGGGAUCGCACAGAGGUGGUGGCCCUGCCAGGAGUGAAUGAAAUAGAAAACCUGGUCCUGGUGACAGUGCCUAGUAUGGGGUACACCCGGGCCCCACCUCCUGGCCCGCCGCCUCGUGCUGUCAGAGUGGUACAGGAGACUGAUGGCUCCGUGACCCUGGAUAAUGGCAUUAUCCGAGCACACCUGGACUCAAUGGGCCAUUUAAACUCCCUGGUUUUGAUCUCCUCAGACAGGGAAACAAUCCCCCGUGGUGUCUUUGGCAACCAGUUUGUGAUGUUUGAUGAUGUUCCCUUGUACUGGGAUGCCUGGGAUGUGAUGGAUUACCACCUGGAGACCCGGAAGCCAGUCACGAAGCUUGACCAAGCCCUUGAGGUAGGAAUUCCAGGAGGCCUUCGAGGCAGUGUCCACUUCUCCUUGCAACUCAGUAACCGAAGCAUUCUAACCCAGGAAAUUGUGCUGGAUGCUGCCUGUCCAUAUCUCAAGUUUCACACAGAGGUGGACUGGUAUGAGUCACAUAAGUUCUUAAAGGUAGAAUUCCCUGCCUGGGCCCAGACCUCCAAUGCCACCUAUGAGAUCCAGUUUGGCCACAUACAGAGACCUACACAUUACAACACCUCCUGGGAUUGGGCUCGAUUUGAGGUGUGGGGCCAUCGAUGGAUGGACCUGUCAGAACAUGGCUUUGGAAUGGCACUUCUUAACAACAGCAAGUAUGGGUGCUCUGUUCGGAACAACAUACUCAGCCUUUCCCUCUUACGGGCACCCAAGUCCCCUGAUGCCACUGCAGACAUGGGGCAUCAUCAUUUCACCUAUGCAUUAAUGCCACACAUGGGAACAUUCCAGGAUUCUGGAGUCAUCCAGGCUGCCUACAACCUCAAUUUCCCCCUACAUGUUUUACCCUUUGAAGCAGCCAUCUACCGGCCCUGGAGUGCUUUCUCAGUGUCAUCAUCUGCUGUAGUGUUAGAAACUGUUAAACAGGCAGAGGCUGGACCCCACCCUUAUACCUUGGUACUGAGACUGUAUGAGUCAUACGGCAGCCAUGUAGACUUAUGGCUCCAGUCAGCCCUUCCAGUACAGGAAGCUAUCAUUUGUGAUCUUCUGGAACGUCCUGACCACCGGCAGCACUUGACCCUAGAGGGCUCCCGAGUAAAGCUUUCCUUCUCGCCCUUUCAAGUGGUUUCUCUACUCCUUAUAUUGCGGCCCCCACUCCUCUGAUCAA